AUGGCCACCAGUCUCGCUCCUGCCCCGCAAGCAGCAUCCUCUCUUCCAACUGCGCAACUAACCCCCUCCAAGAAACGCAACCACGAAGGAGAGCUGGUCAACCACGGUUCUUCCUCUUCUACAGCCCAGCCUGAGAGUAGUCCUCUCACUCCCUUCCCGUCACCCACCACUCCGCAAGGCUUAAGUGACCAGCCGUCGCCGUUGACUGAUUUAGGCGCUACGCCUACCGCUAGCCCAGUCAAGGAGGCCGACAUGGCACCUGCACCUGGCAGGAAGCCAAAGCAAAGCUUUGCAGAGAAGCAGGCCGAGAAGGCCAUCAAACAAGCAGAAAAGGAGGAAAAGGAGAGGUUAAAGGCAGAAGCCAAAGCGAAGAAAGCAGACGAAAAGGCGAAGAAAGAUGAAGAGCGAAAACGCAAAGAAGAAGAGAAAGAAGCUCUACGAAAGGUGAAAGAAGAAAAGAAGCGUGAGAAGGAUACAGAGAAACAGGCCAAAGAGGCAGAGAGGCAGAAAAAGGAGGCCGAAGCUCUCAAAAAAGAGAGGGCCCAAAUGCGGCUGGGUGCCUUCUUUGGAAAACCCCAAGCUACGUCCCUUGCAUCAGCGGUUAGUGACUGUGAGGAUAUUUCUCGCGGCACCACUCCAUCCCGAAGAAGCUCGAUCGCCUCCGUCGAUAUGGAACUCGCAAUGGUGGAUACCAAGAUAUCGCCCACCAAACAUGCCAAAUCUGAUGCGCGCCCUUUCAUCAUGCCAUUUUUCAUCAAAGAGCACAUGCAACUUGCGCCCUCUAAUCGAUUCCUGUCGAACAGAUCAUCUCUGCCGGACAAACUUCCACUUAACCAGGAUGGUGUUCCGGAGAAGAUUGACGUCCGUUUUCAUAAGCGUCGGCGGACACGUCAAGUCAGACCCGUCAAGAAGAUUCUGAGCGAGAUGAAUGGAUCGGAGAAUGCACCUAUUGACAUGACGAACCCAGCAAGCUCCCUUGGGAACGUUCCAUACAAGUAUCUGUUUUACCGUGAGGAUGUUCGGCCUGCUUACCAAGGUACCUAUACUCGGUGCGUGUCACCACGCACGGCACGGAAACUCGCUCUCAAGCCAUCAUUUCGGGGACUCCCAGACACGAACUACGAUUACGAUAGCGAAGCCGAGUGGCAGGAACCGGAAGAAGGUGAUGAAGAGAUCUUGGACGAUGAUGAGAAGUCCGAGGACGGGGAUGGCGACGAGGAGAUGGAGGACUUUCUCGACGAUGAAGGGGAUGUGGCAAAGCGACAGAUGGUCGUUGGGAACAUGGAACCGAAGUGCAGUGGUCUGUGCUGGGAAGACGGAACAGUGCGCGGGCAGAACAACGGAUUCAACCUGUCGCUUUAUCGCAUGGACGUCCUGCACGAAUCGACUAUAUUUCCCAUCAACCCGUACUCGACGGCGCACUGGACAGAUAUCGGGAAGAAGAGCCCGGUGAAGCGAGAGGAGAAAUCACAACAAUGUGCUGCGAUGCAGCCACCUCGUCUGCCUCUUAUGGCCGUUGAUCCGAAUAGUGGGAACACGGUAUCUCUAUCACCAUUCCCCAACUAUGCACCACUUGUUGGUCAAUCAGAGAACAACAUUCUCGCUGUCAAAGCCAUGGCGAACGCAGCUGGAAAACCGGUGAAGCUGGUGCCACCAGAGCUCAUGCCGGCAUUCAGAGCAGCGGUAUCGGGGAGCACUUUGACGAAAGUGGGAUUGCUCGAGGUCCUGAAGACACAAUUUCCAAAAUGCACCAAAGAUGCAAUCAAGCAUACCGUCGAGGGAAUCGCAGAGAGAAGGAGUGCACAGGAGGGUGAGAAGAGGUGGGUUCUGCUUGACAGCUAA